AUGCCACCACACCACCGCGGAUGGGUGUAUCCGCCAACGAGACGCGAGCUUACCUUAUUGCUUUUCGCGCUGACUGUCUUCGUGAUCUCUUAUAACCUCGAAUCGUCGCUUCGGCUAGCGGGCGUGUCUCGGGCAAAGAUGAGCUCGAGCUACUUGUCAAGUAUUGGUCUUGGUACGCAGGAUCCCGGCCUGGACCCAGACGGACGACGGCCACAAGAAUGGCGUGAUGAACUAGAGAACCUCAUUGUCGGCGAAUGGUCGUGGGAGGAGGGUAAGGUUGCGGCUGUCGAGCACGGGCAUAGCGGCGCUGCGGUCAGCGGUGCAGCAAUAUACAAUGUCGAAUCUGGCAGUACGGUGGGGAGGGAUGCAGGGAAGGAUGAUCGGGGCGUUGGUGUGACGAAGGGUGUCUCGCCUAGUGACCAGUUCCUGCGGUGGGAGGAUCAGGUACCGCGCGCGAGUGCGCUUGUGCAUGUUCCAGGCGCGUUCGCAGUCGUGUUUCUUGAAAGUUACACUAUCUUGGAGAACCUGAUCAUGGUGAAUGGAACAUUCUUCCUUGUUACGAACGACCGAUUAUCAUUGCCUGACCUUGGUGUAAUUGCCUCCUCUCCGGCUGACCGCCUGCAACCCCCUCGUGAGGAAGAUUGGCAAAUCUUAAGUACUGAGGAGGCUAAAUCGAAGAUCGGCCCAUACGGUGGACGGAUAUUCGGUACAAGCUGGCUUGCUUUGGACCCUUCCCUUGCACAAGACCCAUACACACUCUUCUCACUUUUCCGUACACAUAGCGCGCUUGCUGUCUCCUCUACGUCCUCACAGAAGGCUAGUGAUAACAAUGCGGCGCACAGUGUACCUGCUCCCUUACGCUUGAUGUUCCCCUAUGUUCCGACGUUCUCCAGUCCGCACAUCCCGCCUGACGGCGACGACAUCAAGAAGCACCCCCCUCCGCGUGAAAAGUCAUACAAUGGCCUGCACCCUCUGAUGACAAAGGCGGCCCUGCCCGCUACCGGCAUAUGGUACCUCGAGGAUUGGCAGGAUAUCAUAGACAUGAACGCGCCAUGGGUUUUCGACCGCGUUGUUGUGGCGGACCGCGGUGCUGCGGCGCGCGGGCGCGACUUCUGGACACGCCACUGGGCUCCUGCAGACUCCGCGAUCAUUGAUAUCGUCGACCUCAAGCGGCGACAAGCCGAGGUAGAGGACAACAAUCCCAUGUGGGCCGCACCAUUCGUCGGCCUGCCCGCGCCGCCAAGCUGGUGGGCGCCCAUGCGGAGUGCGCUACUCAGUUACCUCCGGCUGCCGGACCCACACGGGUCUCAGCCUCGGAAGAAGGCGAAAGCGACGAAGACCGCUCUCACGUACGUGUCGAUGCAGGAGGAGCCUUUCGGUGCGGGCGCGCGGUUGCUGGACUCAGACCACGAUGCGCUUGUCGCGGGCUUGCAUGCACUGCAGCGGGAGGGCGUGCUCGGCGAGGUGAGCAUCGUGAAGGGGAACGGAAGUGUGGGCGUGCAUGGAUGGGAGUGGGCAGAUCGUAUGAGCGCGAUCGCGAAGUCAAGCAUUGUGCUGGGCCCGUAUGGGUUUCAGCUAGCGGACAGCAUGUUUAUGGCGCCACCCGCGUGGUCUCCGCCUGACGGCAUUAUCCCAUCACCCACCGCGGACAGCGACCAGACCCCCGCACCGCUCCUCAUGGAGUUCUUCCCGCCGGCAUGGUGGAACGACAGAAAAUUUGCGGGCAACUCGCUGCCGCCCGUUAUCCAGCCAGAAGACGUGCAUGCACUGGACCAGCGGCUCUCGAUCAACGCUGAUGCCGUCGUACAGGCUAUCCGCGAAGAGGUUGCGCGCCGGAGGGUUCCCUGA